AUGACGUCAGAUAUUGAGUCCAUGUUCUACCAAGUUCGUGUAAAACCAAGUGACUGUAGCACAUUAAGAUUCCUGUGGUGGCCAAAUGGAAGGCUCGAUGAACCUGUUGAAGAGUACGAAAUGCAAGUGCGUCUGUUUGGCGGAACAUCAUCACCAAGUUGUUCAAAUUUUGCUCUGAGACGAACAGCAGAAGACAACAAGUCAGAGUUCGAUCCGCAAACCAUUGAAACAGUCAAGAGGAAUUUCUAUGUUGACGACUGUCUCAAGUCGGUGAAGUCCGAUGAAGAAGCAGUGAGAAGGGCAAGUCAGCUACGCGAGUUGUUGUCGAGAGGUGGUUUCAGAUUAACCAAGUGGAACUCGACAUCACAAAAACUCAUCAAGUCUUUACCAGAGUCAGAUAGAGCCGAGAAAAUCAAGGAUCUCGACUUUGACAAGCUGUCCAUCGAAAGAGUACUGGGAGUCCAGUGGAACGUCUCAACCGACCAGUUUGGUUUCAGUAUCGUCAUCAAGGUUCGCCCCCUGACUAGAAGAGGAAUACUAUCUGUAGUAAGUUCGGUGUUUGAUCCGUUGGGAUUCGCGGCACCAUUCAUCCUUCAAGCAAAGCAAAUUCUGCAAGAAUUAUGCCGAUUGAAGUUCGACUGGGACGAAACCAUUCUCGAGAAGUUUCAAGAUCGUUGGCAAUCAUGGCUACGAGAUCUACCAAAUUUAGAAGAGUUAACAAUCGAUCGUUGCUUCAAACCUAACAAUGAAGAAAUUGCGUCAACUCAACUGCAUCACUUCGCAGACGCUUCUCAAGAAGGUUACGGAGCAGUUACGUACCUGAGAAUCGAGAACAAUCAAGGAGAAGUCAAGUGUUCGUUUGUCAUGGGAAAAUCUCGCCUCGCGCCAAUCAAGUCAGUCACAAUUCCUUGUAUGGAACUAUCUGCAGCGGUCACGGCGUUAAGUUAA